AUGACAGCAUCAGAAUUGAUAGGAACAAACGUGUCUAUACCAGGUUCUCCUCCAGGAUAUGGAACUGUCAGAUAUAUCGGAGAAAUCCAGGGCAAAUCUGGGGUUUUCGUUGGAAUAGAACUCCAUGGCAACUUAGCAUCAACGCGAGGUAAAAAUUCAGGGUUCGUGAAUGGGAUCGAAUACUUCCAUGUCAAGAUUCCCGGAAGUGGAUUGUUUUUGCCAUACGAUAGAUUACGCACGGCCAACCCAGGAAUACCUGAACGUUCCAGUGUCAACAUUUCCAGAAUGUCGAAUCGGAGCAGUAUCGGCGGGUUUGUCCUAGAAAGAAGACAACUUACACCUGAACUUGGGAGUAGCACCCCUGAACCAAGGAGGAGAGACACAAACGACGACACGAUUGCUAAAUUGGAGUCUGAAAUUUCCAGCUUAAAACGAAUAAUUCAAGACAAGGACAAAAGAUUGGACCAAUUUGCAGUGCAACGACAGGAAUGGAGGGCUGCCAUGGAUGAAUUGGUUUCAGUUCAACAAGACGGUAUUGAGGUGUUUGAAGUCAAGAUUCAUGAAUUAGAAGUUGAGUGUAACUCUUAUAAACAGGAAAUUGAACGAUUGAACAGUGAAUUGGCCCUCUCUGGAUUACCCAACAAUUCAAGCAAAGAACUUGCCCAAGCCAAGGAGAAAAUUGUCCAACUUGAACAAGAUAUUGAGAAUUUAUUACUGAAACAAGUCAGUAAUGUGGAUAUAAACAACUCUGGUUUACAAAAACAAAUAGACAGUUUGAAAAGCGAACUUGAAUCAAGACCUAAAAUGGAUAAUCUUUUAAACUUGCAAAAAGAAUUGGAUGAAUUGGAUUCAAUGUAUCAUGAACAAUUACAAUCUAAAGAUCAACAGAUUAAACAAUUGGAACAAGAAGUUGAAAAGUUAAAGCGUAGCCAUGGAAGUGCCAGCAGCGAACCAUUUGCCAUGUCUACUAGCACUAGCGACGAGCUACCAAUUUACCAAUCGUCAACUCCAGUUGAUCCAAGUUCAGGUAAAAAUGAUUGGCCAUAG